AUGGAAACGAAGAAGCGACCGAUCAACAACCCUCUAGUGUUUUCGUCGAUAGUUUUAUCUUUUGCUGCCUGUUUCGUGGCAUUGAUUCACGUCGAGAUGGAGCUUCACGUUCAUCGGAAAAUGCUUCAAGUCUUGACUCAACAGAGAGAAGAAAGUAUCCACUCACGAGGCAUUGUGAACGAUGAAUCGAUUGCCUCCGCGCUGUGUAGUGACACUGGUAAAGGUGAGUGCUUUGGUUUAGUGGUUCGAUUCUCGCAGGCGUAGAGUUCGAACUGUUGCUUCACAAUGGACCUUUUUGUCAAAACUUUAAGCAUUCCGCAACAACGCCCUCAAUAGUAAGAUUAUGUUUUAGUAAAAGUAAAAAGGAACUAAUUUUUUAAGUGAAUGUAAUACUGAUCAGAAACGAUAUUCUGGCGUAUCGUUUUCAACUGUUUUGGUACAAGUCGGGAAGAUUUCCCUUUCUCUUCUGAAGGGCUGAAACCUAACGCCGUGACAAAGCAUUUAAUAUGGCGAUUCAAUUUCAGUAUUGUUCGUUGGAAUGUUCUUUUCUUUUCUUUUUAGUCCAUGAAAAUAAAUAAUAUGGCAUACAGUUCAGUAUAGAUAAAGUUUGUCUUGAACCCCUGUUAUAAGCUAUUAUGUUACUAGACUACGAGCAGUCCCCAUUUUUCGUCAGUGAUAGUAGAGCAAGCGAAACGCGAGCGCGCGUGAAAAUCACCCCACGCGAGAAAGGUGAGACACGGCUGGGAGAGAGUUCACGCGCGCUCGCGUUUCGCUCGCUCUGCUAUCCCUGAGGGAAAAUGGGGACUAUUCGUAGUCUAUUAUGUUACUGCAUAAUUUAGUUUGUUACAGGAGAUAAUUAAUCGACCAAAACAUUCUUUCACUGAGAGAUCAUAAGAGUGACAUAAAUUAUCCCUCAGUUGCAGAAAUACACGAUCGUCACAAACGCAAUGCCAAAAAUGUAAACAAGAAAUCAAACGUCAGUGAGAUCAUUAGUAGAGAGGACAUAAAAAGGGAAGUUAAACUGGCGAUGAGUAACCUGGCCUGCAUGGCACAUUGUCCCAAGGGAGUCAGGGGAAGACGAGGCACGCCUGGUCCCCGAGGCAAACACGGACCAGUUGGGCCCCAGGGACCACAAGGACCAAGUGGACCUCAAGGAGAUCAGGGGCCUUCUGGACCUAGAGGCGAUCAAGGCCCUCAAGGACCCAAGGGCGAUCCUGGUGAAUCCAUCUCAGCUCCUUCGAUUGUGUCACCUCCGAUGUCCAUGGUGGUAAACGAAACUGGUAUAGCCUCAUUGCAGUGUCAGGUUAAAGGAAAUCCAGUGCCCCAGGUCACCUGGCUGAAAGAAAAUUCCAGUCUUCCCGCCGACAAACGAAUCAUGCAAUCACGUGGUGGCCUUAUGAUAAGAGAUGUGACAUCACAAGAUGGCGGAGUGUACACGUGUAGGGCAAAAAAUAUUCUUGGAGUCGUGACCUCAUCAGCCACAUUGACUGUUCAAGGUAAUUUCUUAUUAAUUUUCCAUUGUAGUCUUAAUUCACCGUCAUUUUCUCUUGCUAUCAUACAUCUAAUCAAGCUGAAUACUGUUACAUUCUUAACAAAGAUACAUAUUUAUCGAAGCUUCUGAAGAACUUAGAAGCUAUAUCUAGGAUAUAUUUACUCUCGAGACUGUUUAUAUGCACGAAAGUCUUAGCCGAUACCACUAACAUCCCAGAGAAGAUUAACAGGAAUAUCUGACGACAAAAUUGAACCGUGGGAACAACGCAAAUAAAACUUCAUGGCUUGCAAUAUUUCCGCAGUCGUCGUCAAGAUAAUUUCUUUUUAAGCAUUUACUUUAUAAGUUUUUCUUUAGAUACUGGCAACCGUGUUGGGUUUGCAUUUAAACACAGAGAGAACAAAGUUUCUAAGCCAACAAGAUUCUCUCUUCUUGUCAGAGGAUAGAAUGUAUAUAUUGAAAGUCUAAACCCUAGUUUUUAGUACUUAGCAACUUAGUCAGAGUCGUAUUCGGGGUGGUAAGAACACCUUAUGACCUAAAGUCAACCGAAACUGAUCGGAGUCGUAAGCGGCGUCAUUAUAAGCCCAACGGAAUCCCGAUUGCAAGAAUCAGAAUGCUUUCAUUUUCUUCUUUCUCGUCGUACUUAUUAUAAUUCCGUACCACCUCGUUCUCAGUGUCCUCUUUUUCGUGUCCCUACGGAACGAGAGGAGAGGAGAGGAAAGACUCCGUCAGGUGCACUGUUUCAUGGCCACACUUUCCACUGACCAGGGUACGUUCAGUAGAGACAAAUCUCGCGCUGAUCUGCCUCCCCCCCCUCCCUACAUCGUUUUUUCGUAAUCUCCAGAUUCUGGACCAGACUCAACCAGGGUCUCUUUCUCUCUCUCUCAAUCCGUAGGGACGGUUAGGAGAGAACCCUGGGAACGAGGUUGGACUCCGUCGAGUUAAGAGUUUCUGAAAGCGAGUCCCAAGCAGAGACGUAAAAAGAAACCUUCCCUAAUGCGACAACAACAACAAAACCAACAAUAACUUUAUUUAGUGGGAUUUUCAAGAGCUCGAAACCGACGGAGCUGCAAGCGAAAUUGGAGCGCUCUCUUUAGUAUUACAUUAUCACAUUGCACUUUUGAUUACAACUCUAACUUCGACUCCGUCACUAAUGAAUCCAGUCCCAAAAUAUAACUGUAGGCUAGACGUCUUUGGGGUGCGGUUGCUUUACACUGGCCGAUACAUCAAACGCGGAACGUAAAAAGUAGGUCACGAACUUGAAAGUAAUCGACCAAGUGUAAAUUCCUCGAGGGGGACUUUAACGUUUGUUGGCGUGCACUUUUCAUUUGUGUCUGUUAUUUUCAGUUGCGGCCUUGAUCCGAGAAAAGCCUUCCUCAGUAAUCGUUGAAGAAGGAGAAAACGUGACCCUAGGAUGCAAAGCUUCUGGUCUGCCGAUGCCAACGGUGACGUGGCGAAAAGCAUUUGGUCAUUUGCCAAGAGGAAAGACUACAGUGAUCGAUGGAAACAUGACUAUUCUAAGUGUAACUAAAGAGGAUAGAGGGACUUACGUAUGCACAGUAAAGAAUCUCCUUGGAGAGGAAUCCGCUUUCUCCGUAGUAACCGUGAUUGACAGGCUCAAAUUUAGCAUUACGCCUCCCAUAAAGGCUGUCACAUCCGAUUCUAGCAACCUGACACUACAUUGCAAAGCGCAAGGAUCCAUAGAAAUAACUUGGAAAAGGGCCAGUAAAAAUCUUCCUCAAAACCACGUCAUUUUUUCAAACGGAACUUUGUUUCUCAAAAAGGUUACCAAAAAUGAUGCUGGAUCUUACACAUGUAUAGCAAAAAAUUAUCAACGAACAAUCAAGGCAUCGUCUACUGUUGAAGUGCGAUGGAGGUCCUGUAGCAGUAUAAAAUCAGCCCACAACGGAAGCUCUUCAGGUAAUUAUAUUAUUUACCCUGAUGGCAAAGGAGGCGUGACUCCGUUCAGUGUGUAUUGUGAUAUGAGUGAUAAGGGAGGAGUAGGCGUGACAGUCAUAAGUCACGACAGCGAGAGGAGAACACAUGUCAGUAAUAUUCCUAACUGUGAACACGAUAAUCCAGGAUGUUAUAGUAAAAGUGUAACUUACACUGGCAUCAGCACCGCUCAGUUGGCAGCACUCACUCGAGUCUCACAGAACUGUGAACAGUUUAUUAAAUUUGAAUGCAGCAAUGAUGUUGCCUUUGUGCCAGAGUCGGCUGCCUGGUGGGUGUCACGUAAUGGAAGGAAAAUGAACUACUGGGGAGGCGCUGGUGGAGCAGCCAACACGUGCGCAUGCGGAGUAACAAACUCUUGCUUAAAUGGCCAAAAGUGUAAUUGUUACAACGGUGGCAUAGGCUGGAGAGAGGACAGCGGUCUGCUGACAGAUAAGUCUGCUCUUCCUGUGUCACAGAUCAGACUGGCAGACUUUGAUCAGUUAAGUGAGGAAGGAUAUCAUACAUUAGGAAAGCUCAAGUGUUAUGGCCUGGCAUGA